AUGGCUACUACGACAAUAACGGCGACGGUGACGACGACGGACAGGAGUAAUUGGAGGGAUAACAAAGCUCUGGUGUGGAUUUGGACGGGAAUCAAGUUUGUGGCGGCGCAGUGGUUGCUCAUUGGAUUUGGCGUGGCGUGUGUCCUGGGAUGUUUUUUCCCAAAUGUCGCAGAGCAUGGGGGCGUCAUUAGAUCAGAGUAUAGCAUCCUCUAUGGUGCUGUGGCACUCAUCUUUCUAAUCAAUGGACUGCAACUUCCUCCAGAGAAGCUGAAGCAGAACUUGACAAACUGGAGGCUGCAUAUCAUGGUCCAGGGGUGCAGUUUUGUGAUUAUUCCGGUAAUCAUGCUGGCCUUUGUACACAUCUGUCUUGCAGCUGGCGCUCUGAAGCAUGGCACCCCUUCUAUCCCCGUCAUCCUCGGCAUGCUUGCUACAGCCUGUCUUCCCACGACAAUCGCCUCCAAUGUCGUUAUGACACGCUCAGCCGGAGGGGAUGAAGCUGCAGCCGUCAUCUCUGUAGUCAUCGGUAACACACUUGGCUCAUUCCUCACUCCAAUUCUGAUAUAUGGCUUCAUCCCGCGGGAUUCUGUCUUCGACAACUGGCGGCCCGCAGACCCGAGUACGCUGGGCGACAUGUAUGCCAACGUUGCAAAGCAGCUGGGGUUGAGCGUCUUGCUGCCUCUGGGAGUGGGACAGGCGGUAAGGUGGUGGAAAGGAGAUCUCGUGGCUAAGGUGUUGAGGGUGACGAUGCUGGGAAAGGUGCCGGCCGUUUGCCUGAUACUGCUAGUAUGGACCACCUUUUCAGGCGCAUUCGGUACUGGAGCGCUCUACAAGCUAUCCAAAGAGGACGUCAUUUUCAAUGUCUUCAUUAAUAUCGGUCUCUACAUCAUCUUCACUCUCAUCUGCUUCUACCUCGCUCGUCCGCCCGCCUUUCUCGCAACUUACAUUAAUCCUCACGUCAAGGAAUCUCACCUGUCUGAGCGUGUCAAGCGCAUCGUUUCCGUUAAGAAGAUGUCUAAGGAACAGACCAUUGCCGUAUGCUUCUGCGGAGCGGCCAAAACGACGAGCUUGGGAAUUCCCUUGGUGACAUCCAUGUGGAAUCAGGCGGAUGAUUUGACGAGGGCAUUUAUCACGAUUCCUGUUUUGCUAUAUACGAUUGAGCAGGUCUUCAUGGCUCAGGUUUUAGUCUAUUUUUUCAGAUGGUAUUUACGGCGAGAUCGAAAACCGGCUGUUGGUGAUCUGAAUGCCAGUCGCUUUAUUGACAACGCUGAGAGACCUCGAAUAUCUACGGCUCGGCUUUGGUGGAACCGGAACGGCGGCGUCGGCGACUAA